ACUCCGUAAUGCAGCCGGUAUUGGAGCCAAGGGUUUGCAUCAACUCCACACGGUGAUCAUCACGCCCUUCCCAGCACAUAAAUAGCGGCCUCAUUACCCCCCGGCCGUUCAUACCAGAUCAAUUUGCAACUCUCCAUUAGUCCCCGUAAUGAAGUUCUUCACCAGUGUCGUCCUCUUGGCUGCCACGGCCACCACUAGUCCUGUCCCAAGGAUAUUCAACCUGGUCAGCUCAAAUGCCUCGGAUGAAAGCUACAACGGUCUCUACCUGUCAACGCAACAUGUCGACCCACUGAACAGCAAGGCUGUCUUUCGCGAUGCCGCCGACGCUGCCGAAUUCUACCUCCUCGAUGGAACCGUGCGCUACAAUGCGCCGAAUGGAGCUCCCUACGAGUUGGCUCUCGUCUCGGGCGACGAGGUCCAGAGUGAGGUGGAGGUUGGCGUGAGCCCUUCAUCUGGUAGCACAGGCUUCAGUUUUACCAGUGAUAACAUCCUGGCUACUGAUAAUGAAAAUUGGGGUGGAUGGCUAGUUUGCGAUGGCGCCAGCGACCUCCCUGGUCUAUAUUAUCACAAUAAAAGCAAAGGAGGUGACGUCCCGGAUGGCUGUGAUUCUAUUGAGCUUGAUGCUGUCUACAAGGAUUCCUUGUAAGGGCGGUCAUGACAGCCAGCGAGAUUGACAUCCGGCUGGUCCAGGACGCAUAUACUUCUCCGAGGGUUGACAUAUCGAAAUGUCUAUCCACGGGUUCCGAUUGACACCGACCUAUUCGGCCACGAAUAUAUCAUGCAGCCUUGCACUGAUUAACGACGAUAUACUAUAUUUAAUCGAAACAUUACGCUAUAAUGUGUACCGCUUCCAUGGGCCAUUACGCCUGUGGUGAAGGAGAGGGACGCCAAACUGUGAAUAUACCGCUUCAUUCAAAAGAAAAGAGAAAUUUAGGCUUUAUGAUUGAUGUAUUUUUGCUAGGAUAGAGUGAUUACUGUACCUCAAUCUUCCUCGGGGUAAAUACAGUGUUGAAAUUAUACUGUCGCACAAACCAGGCAUUCCACAGUUUCCAUUCCUGCUCGGGGUAGGCUAAUCGCACAUCGAAUCUUCUUAGAAAGCUUGGAAUCAGUUU